AUGAAGUUCACUCUCGCUACCGUCACUGGCCUCUUCAGCGUUGCUGCCCUCGCUGCCCCAGCACCCCAAGAGACGGAAGAGCCUCGCCCGUACGAGAACAUUGACAUCGCCGACCUCUCUGUCCGUAAGCAGCAAAAUGGAACAGUCACCAACGUCAGCUUCCUUCUCUCUGGCAACAACGCCACGGAUCUGGCAUGCCAGGGUGCGACCGGUGUUCCUUCCGAUGUGAUUACCUGCGGCGAGUCCAAGUACCGCUUCACAAUCCGUCCGGGCAAGGAGACUGAGUUUGCCCUGCGCAUCUACCACGAGCUUGGCCUUGCUUUCGGCUACUGGGGCGAGGGCGAUGUUUUCACAUACUGCCAUGCCGGUGGCCUUGGAGACUUGCUCUGCAACCAGGUCAACCCUACGACGAUUGUCAUUGAUAGCACUCCCCCACCUGUCAACCCCUAA